AAGGGAGCCGCAGGGGCUACCGGCGCCGCGCGGCAGACCUGCUCCGGCUGCGCGCCGCGCCGCCUUCCUCCGGGAGUGGCAGCUCUGGCGGCGGCGACGACAGGGGGUUCCCGGGGCCCGCAGAGGCGAGCGCGCCUUAACUCCGCGCACAGCACCCGCAACCUGUUCCCCUCGCUCGGCUGCGCUGCCUCCGGGACUCGCCGCCAAGCAUGGAUUUCCUCCUGGCGCUGGUGCUCGCGUCCUCGCUCUACCUGCAGACGGCCGCCGAGUUCGACGGGAGGUGGCCCAGACAAAUAGUGUCGUCCACUGGCCUGUGCCGUUAUGGAGGAAGGAUUGAUUGCUGCUGGGGCUGGGCUCGCCGGUCCUGGGGACAGUGUCAGCCUGUGUGUCAACCGCAGUGCAAACACGGUGAAUGUGUCGGACCGAACAAGUGCAAGUGUCAUCCCGGAUAUGCUGGAAAAACCUGCAAUCAAGACGAACUCUUCUACCCAACUCCUCUCGACCAAGGCAGUGAACCGCCUCUUUUCCAACCCUCGGAUCAUCAAGCCACAAGUUUACCUUCCAGGGAUCUAAACGAGUGUGGCCUGAAGCCGCGGCCCUGUAAGCACAGGUGUAUGAACACUUACGGCAGCUACAAGUGUUAUUGUCUCAACGGAUAUAUGCUCAUGCCGGAUGGGUCUUGCUCAAGUGCCCUGACGUGCUCCAUGGCAAACUGUCAGUAUGGCUGUGAUGUUGUCAAAGGACAGAUUCGGUGUCAGUGCCCCUCUCCUGGCCUACAGCUGGCUCCUGAUGGGAGGACCUGUGUCGAUGUUGAUGAAUGUGUUACUGGAAGAGCUUCCUGUCCUAGAUUCAGGCAGUGUGUCAACACUUUUGGGAGCUACAUCUGCAAGUGUCAUAAAGGCUUCGACCUCAUGUACAUUGGAGGCAAAUACCAAUGUCAUGAUAUAGAUGAAUGUGCCCUUGGUCGACAUCGGUGCAGCACCUUUGCUCGAUGUUACAACGUACACGGAUCCUACAAGUGUAAAUGUAAAGAUGGAUACCAGGGCGAUGGACUGAGAUGCGUGUAUAUUCCAAAAGUCAUGAUUGAACCUUCAGGUCCAAUUCAUGUACCAAAGGGAAAUGGUACUGUUCUCAAGGGUGAUGGAGGACACAGUAAUUGGAUUCCUGAUGCUGGAAGUACUAGAUGGCCACUGAAGACACCAUAUAUUCCUCCUGUCAUUACCAACAGGCCCACUUCUAAGCCAGCAACAAGAUCUACACCAAAGCCAACGCCACAGCCUACCCUACCCCUGCCCCUACCACCAUCAACAGAGUUCAGAACACCUCCACCACCAACACCCCCAAAAAGGCCACCCACCAGACUGACAACUAUAGUACCAGCCUCCAGUACAUCUCCAAGCGGGAUUACAGUUGACAACAAGAUACAGACAGAACCUCAGAAACCCAGAGGAGAUGUGUUCAUUCCACGGCAGCCUUCAAAUGACUUGUUUGAAAUUUUUGAAAUAGAAAAAGGAAUCAGUGCAGAUGAUGAAGCAAAGGAUGAUCCAGGUAUUCUGAUACACAGUUGUAAUUUUGACCAUGGACUUUGUGGAUGGAUCAGGGAAAAAGAAAAUGACUUGCAGUGGGAACCAGUCAGGGACCCAGCAGGUGGACAAUAUCUGACAGUCUCAGCAGCCAAAGGCCCAGGGGGAAAAGCUGCUCGCUUGGUACUACCUCUCGGCCACCUCAUGCAUUCAGGGGACCUGUGCCUGUCGUUCAGGCACAAGGUGACUGGGCUGCGCUCCAGCACACUCCAGGUGUUUGUGAGAAAACACGGUGCCCAUGGAACAGCCCUCUGGGGAAGAACUGGUGGCCAUGGCUGGAGGCAAACCCAGAUCACCUUGCGAGGGGCAGACGUCAAGAGCGUCAUCUUCAAAGGUGAAAAAAGGCGUGGUCACACUGGGGAGAUUGGAUUGGAUGAUGUGAGCUUGAAAAAAGGUCACUGCUCUGAAGAACUCUAGCAACUCCAGAACUAGCCAUGAACUUCUGUGUUGCUCUCUCUUCUUUUUCCAAUUCUCACCUCCUCUCCUCUCCUCCCUUUUAUCAGGCUUAGAAGAAGAGUAUGUCAGUGGGUCAGGCGAAAGUCUGGUUGGUGACCCGCUUCUUGCUGGCCUGUUUUUGUGCAAUUCCAAUGAACAGUGAAACCCUCCUUGAAAUAUAAGGGGCAUCCCAGCCAUCAUUUGGUGUUACUUUCCAUCCUGUGUCACUAGUAGAGAGGCCUUCUGCAUGUGUGAGCCACACCACUCUUCGUCCUGGUUAGAAGGUGCUCCUUACAGCAAAUUAUGGGAGAAGUUUUCAAAAGAAAUCCUUGGUGCAAAUGGCCAUCUUGUUAUCUGUUCAGUGUUGUACCACGAGUAGUAUUGAUUCCCCUGAGAUAUGAUAUACAAUGUGCUUGUGAAAUUGGUUUGUCCUCUUCAUUUA